UUUUCAGCGGCGGAAGUAACGUAACUUGACUGCAAGUUAUAGCUAAGCUUGAUGAGUUAACUGUCUCGACAUCUUAGGAGUAAAUAGGACAAAUUUGAGAGUUCCAUUUGCAUCACGUUCUUGGAUGGGGGUCCCGUCUGCUUGCCGACUUGGGGUCUGGUUCUGUUUAAGCACAUACCUGGAGAAGAAACGGGAAAAGAAGUAAAAAAAAAAAAAUGUGUGAAUCGAAUUUAACUCCUAGCACUGUUCUGGAAGACUCUUCAUUGAAAGUUAGCACUAGAAACGAAAAGACAAAGAAAUGGGGACUAUUUGUCACUGGUGUUAUUGGAGGGACACUAAUGACAUUAUAUGCAAUAGCCACUCCAUUUGUAGCCCCAGCAUUCAGAAAAAUCUGUCUACCUUAUGUUCCUGCAACAAACAAACAGAUAAGGAAUGUACUGAAAAUGCUUCAGUUUAGGAGUGGACAUCUGGUUGAUAUCGGAAGUGGUGAUGGACGCAUUGUGAUUGCUGCUGCCAAGAAAGGGUUUCAAGCUGAAGGUUAUGAAUUAAACCCAUGGUUAGUGUGGUAUUCCCGAUACAGAGCAUGGAGAGAAGGUGUGAAUCACAAUGCCAAAUUUCACAUAUCAGAUAUGUGGAAGAUGCCUCAGCUGGAAAAAAAACUUCAAAGAGAGUUAGGUGAAAGUGCCAGAGUUGUUGCCUGCCGUUUUCCUUUUCCACAUUUGGUUCCAGAUCACAUAUUUGGAGAAGGUGUGGACACUGUCUGGGUAUACGACUUGAUAGCAAUCAAUAAAACAGAAUUUAGGGCUGGUGUACAAGAACACUUCAUAAACAAGUCUACAGAAUUGUAAAUCAACUAAAGAGUUAAAAUGCUGUA